UCUGGAUAUUUCUUCCACUACUGCAGACAUCGCAGAACUACAUUAAUGUCCAUUCAUGUGGAGACGUGACGACGUUUUGAGGGUCACCACACACUAAAAAUAAACCGCUCUGUAAUCAGCAACAGCUCAACAGCGCCCCCACUGCCUCUCCGGAUGAUCCCGGAACUGCACCGACACGCCGAGAGGUGUGUGUGUGUGUGUGUCCGUGUGUGUUUAAGUCAAACUAGUCGCUGUUGCUGCCUAUCGACCAUCACGGCUACGGUCCCCCGAUCACCUCAAGACCCGGAGCAGGGAUGUGUUUUAUCCACUGAUGAUUCGUCGACCAUUUCACACCGAGUUCACCCCGACGGCAGCGCCUCAACACACCACCGACAUCUUGGCUGUUUUGGCUAAAAAAUAGCGAGACACCUAAAAAAACAAAACAAAUAAUCAUCCGUCUUUUCACCAUCUUGGCGGCUUUCCCGACAACAGCAUCGGGUGAGUGAAGAUCCUAAAGACAACGGGGAGAUAAUGGCAGAGCAUCUGUCCCAGAGUGAGCUGGACUACCCAUUCAAACUUCUGGAGUAUUUCAACGGCUUCAGGGUCUCAAAGGUGAUAUUUUCAGCCUGUGAGCUGGGAGUGUUUGACCUCCUGCUGAAGUCCCAGGAGCCCCUUAGUGCCCAGCAUGUAGCCCAGGAGCUGAGCACCAGUGUGGACGGGAUGCAGAGGCUGCUGGACGCACUGGUGGGCAUCGAGAUCCUGGAGGUGGAGACCACAGACGGGACAGCUUUGUACAGCAGCACUGACGUGGCAAAUCUUUACUUGGCCAAAGGCAGCGCCAAGUCUCUUCACGAAAUGAUCAUCUACCAAUCCCAGACCAUCUACCCGCUGUGGAACAACAUGGUGGACGCCGUCAGGGAGGGGAAAAAUCAGAAUGAAAAGACCUUUGGCCUUCCACCAGAAGAUAUUUUCCAAGCUAUUUACAGAUCAGAGGAGGAGAUGCUGAAAUUCAUGGGUCUGAUGAACUCGUCCUGGGUUCUUGACGGACACGACAUUGUGACAGCGUUCAACCUCUCCUGCUUCCAGAACAUAGUAGAUCUUGGAGGAUGCACUGGUGCUCUGGCCCGUGAGAUGGCGAAGGCGUAUCCGUCCUCCUCUGUCUCAGUGUUUGACCUCCCGCAGGUCGUAGAGACGGCUCAGAAACAUUUCUCUCAGGAGAACGAUGCUGUUGUAUUUCAAACUGGAGAUUUCUUCAGUGGUGAAAUUCCUCCUGCUGACCUGUACGUUCUGGCCAGAAUCAUUCAUGACUGGCCUGAAGAGAAGUGCCUGACACUGCUGAAGAAGAUCUAUGACACCUGCAAACCAGGCGGCGGCGUCCUGCUGGUGGAAGCCAUGCUGUUUGAGAACAGACGAGGGCCCGUCAUGGCUCAGAUCUUCUCCCUCAACAUGCUGGUGCAAGCGGAGGGCCGGGAGCGCCCGCCGUCCGAGUACAGCCACAUGCUCAACAAGAUCGGCUUCCACAACGUUCAGGUGUGCCGGACCGGCAAGUCCUACGACGCCAUCCUGGCCAUCAGAUGAGCUCAGACUGAGACAGUCGAGAGAGGCAUCCCUCAAGUUCAGAAACUUGAACUUUUCAAGGCCUUUGAAAGGUUGGGAGGUGAACAUAUAAGCUCUGAAAAAAAAAAACAUUGCUAGUCUCAGUGCACAUGGGUCUCCAGUUUAUGUUGUGGUCAACCCCAGUGAGAUUUUCAGAUAUUGUGAUUACAGUUCAAGUUGUUUUUCAAGGAUCGUACUAAUACAAACAUUCUCUGGGUUUAGGUUGUUUAGCGCAAAGACUGGAAACAGGUAGAAACAGCUAGCUGGCUCUGUCCAAAGGGUAAGAAGCUCGUUAAUUAGCAUGUUAUAUCUCGUUUAUUUAUCUGCUUAAAAAGUGUAAAAACGGUAAGUUGUGGUUAUAUCGGCGGGUUCUUUUUCCCUAUUUCCAGUCUUUAUGCUAAGCUAUGCUCAUUGGCUGCUGGUUGUAGCAUUUUAUUUAAUGAACAGACAUGAGAAUGGGCUCAGUCUUCUCAUCUAACUCUCUGCAAGAAAGCAACUAGUGAGUGUUUCCCAAAAUGUGGAACUAUUCCUUUAAGGGUUUCCCACAGACAACCAAUAUAGUAUCAGUUAUUUGAUAGAUUUUAUAAAUGCACUGAUAUGGCUGAUGCUAAUGUUUUUUAAGAAUCAUGGUGCGUUUAAUUUUAACAAUGUUUUAAAGCAAAAGAUGUUGUUUUACUUUGUUGCUUGUUUGACAGUUUUUUUUAAUUGAGAUGCUCAAAAAUAUCUAAAUCUGCUCAAUAUUUGCAGUCAUAUGGUUUUAAUAUGAGCCGGUCACAGGCACCUAUCACAUAUACCAGAAUCAAACACUAAAUAGUUCUGGAUAUCAUAUCAGAUUAUAGUUUUAUCAUUGGUCACAAUGUUUCUGGAGUAUCAUGGAGGUGUAUUCCAAAAAUUAUGAACUAAUUUAUGAAUAUUCAGCCAAAAUAUUGGACCAGCGUCACAUAAAGAUAGUCUGUAAAUAAUUUGCAAAACCAUUUUUACGAGAAAUGUUAUAUUUAUAAUCCUGGACUGGUUAAUAUUGAUUUUCGUCAUCAGAUUUUCACCUUUUUUCAAAUAUUUAAAAUAAAUACCAACAAAUUCCUAUAUAUUUUUUAGAAACAAACAAACAAACAAAAAAAGAUCCCUGUAAACAUAUAAUUAAACUGCAACAUUUCCAUCUAAUCUACAGAGUGAUUUACAAUUAAAAUGUGAAGAUAAAAUGAUUAGUUCAUAACAGAUGUUUUGGGCAACAGUGCUGUCAGUUUGCACAGUGUUGAAGGAAGUCUACCAAAAAUGUCUGUGCAUAAAUAAAUAAUUAUUAUUUUGGGGAUUCUUGCAUUUUAUUUUAUUUUUAAAACCUUUUUUUAAGUCAAUAACAUCAACAGUAACAACAACACUGUUGCCAGGCACCAUGUCAUCCAUAUCACAAACAUUACAACACAAGUUAUGUACGUAGUUCAACAUAACUUGUGCAUAAUUGUCCAUGAAUAGUAAAGCCUACAAGAAAAAGAAAAAGGUGAAAUGACAUUUAUAGGAGUAAAGUUGGGAGAGGCAAAUCAACUACCAUGUUCUUUACUCCAAGUCAAGUAUCUGCUGUUGGUGUUUUUUGUUUCUCUGUUUUUGAGGAUUUAACACCCAGAGAAGCAUAUUCAGUUUGAGUGUGUUGAUUUAUUUUCAUUCUGUUGUCAUUUUAUGCAGCCAGUACAGAAAAAAGAAAUCAAACCAAAACCUUCAAGCGCAGUGAAAAAGUAAAAGUUUCAGAAAACACCGAAUUUUGAGCUGGAAAAACAGCUGUGUUGUCAUGUUGUGUUGCUGUGACUGUGUGUUCCCGGCUUUCCUGUUCACUGUGAUGAGUUCAGGUUCCCUCUCAGACUGCAUGUAGAUCAGACUCUGCAGGACAACCCUUUAUGAACAACCUCAGUUUACCUCCAUCAUUCCUCUGCUGGUAUUAGAAAGUUCUCAUUUUCUUAUGUGACCUUCUAGUUGAAGGACAAAUCACCGUAGUACUGUAAAAAAAAAACCCUGUUCUUAUUGAUGUUUGUUGGUUGCAUUUCCAGAACAUCACGUGUUUACAACAGAAAGUAAUUUACAUAAUCUCAGCUCUAAAUAAGUGCUAAAAAUGUCACAUAUGUCAUAGAUGAGGUGCGAAUGCAAAAUAUCAAGAUGUUUGAUAGAAACAUAUAAAAACUGUCCUUACUGGUACUGUAAGCUUGUUUUCUGUCUUCUGGUCAUUCCACAUGUUGGCAGCAUGCAUCCUUCAGAUUAAAUCAAAGACAUACA